CCCGUUUACCUCAGCAAUUUCCGAGUGAAAAAGAAAAAUCGACGAAUUCUCAUCAAGCAAAGUUAUCAUUUGCAUUAAAUCCUAAUAGAAUGAGAUUUACUGCCCAAUGGAUCAUGAUAUCGAAAGAGACCGCAAAUGUUAAACAACUGGUGAAAUUUUUAGCAAAUGGCAUGAACAUCGUUAGAAUAUCAUAUUCCUUAGGACCUAUGAAUUUUUUACUUGACGUUGUAAAUAAUAUACGACAGGCAAGAGAAGAAUACAGCAGACAAGUAGGACGAUACGUUCCAUUGGCUAUAUCAACAGAUGAUGUGGGAUCUAUAAUUCAAGUAGGACAUUUUUUAAUUGAUAAAGAAUAUUUCCCAAAAGGUCAUCAGGUUAUAUGCACUAAUGACUCUGGUUUUUUUCGUAAAAGCAACCGCGAUAUUCUCUACAUUGGACUAGAAAAUCUUCACAUGAUUUUGUCUCCUGGUAAUAAAAUUAAUAUAGACUUUGAUGAAGUUUUGUUGUUAGUGGAAAGAAUUAUUGGAACCAAUGUUUUAUGUACCGUUCAAGUAUCUGGAUAUUUAACUAGCAGAGUUAAAGUUAUUAUACUUGGGACACACGUGCCUUUAAUAAAAUUCACUGUGGGAGACUCCAAAGCCUUAUCUUUCGCUAUAAAAAACAAUUUGGACAUUUUCUGUCCUUCCUCUGUUGAAACAGCUGAAGAUGUUUUACACAUACGCAAAAUAAUAAAGAAUCUUGGUGGAAAACUUGCUAUAGUUGCAAAAAUAGACAAUUUAGAAGGCGUGCGAAAUAUAGAUGAAAUUAUGUCAGUAGUUGAUGGAAUAUUUGUAGGGAGAGGCUAUCUAGGAUAUACAGUCGGAAUACGCAAAGUACCAUUAAUACAAAAAUCAAUAAUAUCGAAAGCAAAUAAGAUGGGUAAACCAAUUUGUGUAUUGGGACAGUUUCUAACAGAAAUGGUGACACAAGAUAAACCUAGUUGUGCAGAACUUAUAGAUGUUUCUAAUUUGGGAAUGGAUGGAGGAUCAUCAGUUAUGACUCAUAGUGAGACAACAGUAGGGAAAUACCCUACAAAAGUUUGUAAUAUUAUAGAAACAUGUUUAAAACUAGGGGAACAAGCAUUUUUUUAUAAAAGACGUUUUAGAGACCUACUUAGAACCGUCGAGCCUCCCACUUACAUAACAGAUGCAGUAGCACUUUCCGCAGUUCUAGCCUCGUAUGUCUCUGUAGCCUCUGUCAUAAUUUGUUUAACUCAGUCAGGGAAAACUGCACAAUUGCUCUCGAAAUAUUUUCCUAGAUGUCCUAUAUUGGCUGUAUCCAGGAGAUUAGAUACUAUAAAUAUAUUACAAUUGUUUAGGGCGGUUGUUCCUUUAUAUUACCAAAAGCCUCGUCAUAAUAAUUGGUACUGCGAUAUGGAAAAUAGACUUCAAUAUGGUAUCCACUUUGCAGCAGAAACCGGAAUUACCAGAUGCGGCGAUCCUAUUAUAUUAUUGUAUCCCGGUAAAUCAGGGUCAACAAUCACAAGUACAAUAAGAAUAAUAAUGUCUCCUUCAUUACGACCUUUUGUUAUUCCUGAAAUUGGUUAUGAUGAUAUAUAGUUUUGAUUUAAUUAAAAUCUUAACUAUGAUAUUUUAACUAGGACGGGCCAUCAAAAUAUGGUAUUCAGGCAGAUUUAAUUUUUUAUAAUGUUUAAUGUAUAAUAUUAUACAAUAUGUUCAUUAUACAAGUCAAUAAAAUUUUUUGAGGACUA